GGUGUGAUGAACAGCUGGCUGUAACUUUAGUUUCGAUUCUCUGUUUUGUUUAUAUACGAUACCGCGGUAUUUAGAUUCAUGAAUUAUAUCAAGUAAAAUAUUUAGGGUUUGUUUUAUUAUAAUUUUCGUCAUUUAUCAAAAAUAAGUGCACUUCUUAAAUGGCUAAAAGACAGAAAAAUACUCCAAGAGAACGGUUUUUAUAUUUGAGAGAAUUAGUAACAGAAUUUCAAGAUACAUCAUCCGUUGAUGCUAAAGAGCAAGUUCUGGCUAAUUUAGGAAAUUUUGCUUAUGAUCCAGAUAAUUAUAUACACAUGAAAGAAUUAAAUAUUGUGGAUCUUUUUUUAGAUAAUCUUGAAGAUGAAAAUAAAAAUUUGGUGGAAUUUGCUAUUGGUGGUAUCUGCAAUCUCUGUUUAGAUAAAAAUUUAAAACAGUUGAUUUAUAAAAGAGGUGGUGUUCAAAAAGUUAUCAAUUGUUUAUCAAGUGAAAGAGAAGAAAUAGUAUUAUCUGCAAUCACUACAUUGAUGUUUUUAGUUUAUCCAGAAAGUAAGGCAGCUAUAACGAAUGCAUCGGUUAUAGAUUGUAUGCUUAGAUUUAAAGAAAGUAACAAUAGAAGAAUAUCCAAUCUAGCUUCUGUAUUUCUUCAAGAUUAUUGUACAUCAGAUCAAAUUCAAAAUGCUAAAAUGUUAUCAUCUACUUACAGCAAUAAGCAUGUUUCUCAUUCUGGAACAUGAGAGAAAAUCAAUUUUUUUUAUGUAUAAAUGAUGUAUAUUUUUGUAAAAUAAA